AUGCCAAAGGGAAAGAUUUUGCUAGUUCUUUACGAAGGCGGUAAACAUGCUGAAGAGCAAGAGAAGCUGCUGGGAUGUAUUGAAAAUGAACUCGGUAUCAGAAAGUUCGUUGAAGAACAGGGAUACGAGUUAAUUACUACGACUGACAAGGACCCUGAACCGGACUCUACUGUGGACAGGGAAUUGAAAGAUGCAGAAAUUGUGAUUACCACACCUUUUUUCCCAGCCUACAUCUCGAGAAACAGAAUUGCCAAAGCACCUAAUCUGAAGCUUUGUGUCACCGCUGGUGUCGGUUCUGACCAUGUUGAUCUAGAGGCCGCCAAUGAAAGGAAAAUUACGGUCACCGAAGUCACCGGUUCCAACGUUGUCUCGGUUGCAGAACACGUUAUGGCCACAAUCUUGGUGUUGAUAAGAAACUACAAUGGUGGUCACCAGCAGGCAAUCAAUGGUGAGUGGGACAUUGCUGGCGUGGCCAAGAAUGAAUACGAUCUUGAGGACAAAGUAGUCUCAACCGUGGGCGCUGGAAGAAUUGGAUAUAGGGUUCUAGAGAGACUGGUUGCGUUCAAUCCAAAGAAGUUACUCUACUAUGACUACCAGGAACUUCCUGCGGAAGCAAUCAGCAGGUUGAAUGAGGCCAGCAAGCUCUUCAACGGCCGAGGUGACAUUGUUCAGAGAGUGGAAAAAUUAGAAGACAUGGUUUCCCAGUCCGAUGUUGUUACCAUCAACUGCCCGUUGCACGAGGAUUCAAAGGGUCUGUUCAACAGAGAGCUCAUAUCCCAUAUGAAAGAUGGUGCAUAUUUGGUAAAUACCGCUAGAGGUGCCAUUUGCGUGGCCGAAGAUGUUGCAGAGGCUGUUAGGUCUGGCAAGUUGGCCGGCUACGGUGGCGAUGUCUGGGACAAACAACCUGCGCCAAAGGACCAUCCUUGGAGGUCUAUGGACAACAAAGAUCGUGUUGGAAAUGCAAUGACUGUACACAUCAGUGGCACCUCCUUGGAUGCUCAAAAAAGAUACGCUCAGGGGGUAAAGAACAUCUUAAACAGCUACUUGUCCAAGAAAUAUGACUACCGUCCACAGGAUGUUAUUGUGCAGAACGGUCUAUACGCUACGAAAGCGUAUGGUCAGAAAUAA